ACGGGGACAGAGGAGAGAGAAACCCCAGGUCUCGCCGCCUCGCCUUCAUCCGCUUUCGCCUCGCCGCCUCCGCGCCGCCCUCCGUUUCGAGGAGGAGGAGGAGGAGGAGGAGGAGGAGGAGGGGGAGCUCUAGGGCUCGCGCCGCAGCGUCGGCGGCGGCGCCGGGUGCCUGGGCGAAGGCCUCGAGAUCUCGCGGCGGCGCCGCCGGCUUUGUGUGGUGGUUGUGGUGGGUGCGGCGCCGUCUGCUCGGUGAGUUGGCUCGAUCUCUCGACGCGGCGCUUCCAAUUGAGCUGCUUCGCCCCCCGAAUUGAGGGUUUUGGAGGUCCGCCUCCUGCUCCUGGCGGCCUUGCAAUAAACUAACCUCUCGGUUUGGGGGGUUAGGGUUAGGUUUUGGCUGAAUUGUGGUGGAUUUUGGUGGCCCAGGCGGCGCAUUGCUCUCGCAAGCAGACUGGUCUGCGUGUUCCGCCACACAAUGAUGGGGAAGACGCAGAAGUUCUCCAAGGGGCACCCGCUCGGUUUUGUGCCGGACUACAGAUAUGGGGUGGAAACUGUGGGGGUGUCAAAGGGGCUUGGGAAUCCUGUGAGAAGUGAAGCCAAGAGAAAAUGCCUCAACCUGAAUACGGACGAGGGGGCUGAUGCUCCUGGAUUUAAUGUGCCGCGGGUGGUCUUUGAGUUGCCGAGGAUGUCGGCCUCAGAUAGGAAUGAGCUGGAGAUGAGGCUCCGCGACGAGCUCGAGCAGGUGAGGGCCCUCCAGAGUAGGCUGUUUUCAAGAGGGGCUACGACGAGCAUGAAUGGUGGAGCUGCGUCAGCUCCAAGAGGUGAUUUCAACGGCAAUAAAAAGGAUGGGAAGCUCAGGCGGAGCAAUUCAGUGCAGUCUGGUAGAGGAUUACCGCCGUCAAUUGCCCAACCUGUAGUGAGCUCCAUUAACUACACAGCAUGGUUUAAAAAAUGCCAGGAGCUUCUGAAGAACCUUAUGAAGCAUCGCUCUGCAAGCCCGUUUGUUACCCCAGUUGAUCCUGUGAAGUUGUGUAUCCCUGAUUAUUUUGAUAUAGUCAAGCACCCGAUGGAUUUGGGCACUAUACAGAAAAAGCUGAAUGCAGGUGUGUACCCUACACCUUGGGAGUUUGCCGCAGACGUGAGGCUUACUUUUAGCAAUGCUAUACUUUAUAACCCAGUCGGUAAUGCAGUUAACAUAAUGGCCCAGACUAUGAGCAGUGUUUUUGAACCUAGAUGGAAGCCUAUUGAAAAGAAGCUUCCUCGACCAGAUGAGGAACCCUCUGCAAUUGAGCGUCCAAAAAAUGACGCAGUUGAGAAAAAUAUCAUUGAGAACAAAGAGCCUACUGAUAGAAGGCCUUCAAAUAAAGGCACAUAUAAGAAAAACACCUUUCAAAAAGAGGAGGUGGUUGCCAAGCCAGUUUUGCAUCCGAAGAAGAGGAAAGCCUCUCCUUUGGUUCAGGAUCCUCCAGUGGCAUCAGUCGUACAGAUGGCUCAGGUGGCUGAGGAGGUUCCAGUGGUAGAAACUGCUGUGGGGAUGAUGACAGAUGAACAAAAGGUUGCUCUAAGCGUAAGACUACAAUCAUAUGGUGGAUUCAUUCCAGAACAUGUAGUUGAGUUCAUAAAGAGGCAUGUUAAUGAUGAUAAUGAUGCUGAUGAAGAUGAGUUGACUAUUGACAUGAACGCUCUCAGCGAUGAUACCCUGUUUGAAUUAGAGAAACUUCUUGAUGACUAUGAUAGAGUAAAUCAGUCUGGAAACCCUACAAAAGAUGAGCCUCAUGAGGUUGAGUUCCAAAGUGAAUAUGGACUUGCCAACUCAUCAAUGCAUCAUGAAGGGCAUGAGCUUGUAGAGGAAGACAUUGAUAUUGGUGGGAAUGAUCUUCCACCUUUAACAUAUCCCCCUGUGGUAUUUGAAAGUGAAAUGGCAGACAGAAGCAGCAAGCAUAGUUCUUCUAGCAGUUCUAGUAGCGAGUCAGGAUCAUCCUCCAGUGAUUCACAGGAUACAUUACAAGAACAAUGUGCUGAACGCGUACCUAUUUCUGCUGAUGAUGAGGAGGAGAAUGUGUCUGAUAAAAAAUACCGAGCUGCCCUUUUGAAAAGCCGUUUCGCUGAUACAAUUCUCAAAGCUCGUGAGAAGGCUCUUGAUCAGGUGAAGGAUCCUGAGAAAGUUCGGCGCGAGAGGGAGGAGCUUGAAAGGUUACAAAGGGAAGAGAGAGCUCGGUUACAAGCUGAGGCUAAAGCUGCCGAGGAAGCUCGCAAGAGGGCUGAAGCAGCAGCUGUUGCUGAGGCUGCUGCAGAAGCUAAACGGCAAAGAGAACGUGAAAGAGAAGCAGCUCGUAAAGCCUUGCAGCAGAUGGAGAAAACCGUAGAAAUCAAUGAAGGGAACCUCUUCCUGAAAGAUUUUGAAAUGCUUGGAACCGUCACAGGUGAACAGAAUCUCAACUUGGUCGGUGAAAUGAGUCCAAGCCAUACGCCUGAGCCCCUUGGAUUUCAACUUGGGGGCAACCCCCUAGAACAGCUUGGAUUGUAUAUGAAAAAUGACGACGAAGAAGAUGAGGAAGUCGAGUCCGCAGAUGAACCAACAGUUGAUGUUGAGGAGGGCGAAAUAGACUGACAGCUCAUGGUGCAUUUUCAAUGAGUGGAGCCUGUGGCGUGACUGGACCAGAUAACUGUUUUUUUGAUGUUUUUGAUAUGUGAUGAAGUGCAUAUCGACCCUGACGGUUCAUUCCUCUACAGCAUUUAUGAGCUGCACAAGUUUUGGAGCAAAUUGAGGUUGAUGAAAUGUAGUAGCAGGCAUUGGAACCAGUCUUGAUGCAUGCGGGGUCCCAUGGAGUCUGCCUAUCUUGGGAUGGGUUCAUUGUUAGCCAUGAUGAAGUAAUGGACGCCCCUGUGCUUCUUUGGAUGGAUAUCUGGAAGAUGAUACUGAGGGAAAGGGGGUGUUAGGUGGGGUGGGGGUGGGGUGGGGUGGGUUGUCCCUGGCUCUUAGAACAACUAAUGUGAGCCGUUUUGGGGGUAGUUUCGCUGACAUUUCAUGUUGUGAAUGUAAUCCUGGAAACUGUACAAAGAGGUUGCCUGAUAGAUGGAAAACCCUUUUUUUCUUCUGCAGUUGCAUCUCUCAUCAUUACUUUAUAUCUCUUUCCUGAAUAUUGUUUGGGAUAUCCUGAGCUUACCUCGGAUUAGGAUAUAGAGGAGGUAAAUUAUUUUUUGUAGCAUGCGAUAAGCUAUAAGUGGCUGCUGAGAGACUUGCGGUGUCAAA